GCAGCUCUUUUACAAAUACUUUAAUAUGUUAUAAAAAGACAUUAAUUCUUAUUUAACUAUUAAAAUCUUUGAAAUGGAUUCUAACGAACUAGCUGAUAAUCCAUUCACCUCCGAAAAUGGAAGAAGUCGGUUUUCAUUUCGCGAUUCAGGCGAGGAAAUUCAAUCCAAAGUUGAGUGUUGUGGUCAUAAAACGUGCCAUUUAGACCGUUAUAACCUUAUUAGCAGCGUUAAACCCUUUACUUCAAGGCCUUACACUUUAUAUAAAGUGAUCGUUACAACUGCAGAUAUUCACGGAGCUGGUACAUCUGCUCAGAUCUACAUCACACUCAAAGGUGAAUGGGGUUCGUCAACGCGUCAGAAGCUAAGAAAAAGCAAAACUAUUUUGAAGGAAUCACGCUUGCAUCUAUUCCCUGGGUCAACACACACAUUCUCUGUGGUUUCUCCUGAUCUCGGUGCAUUGCAGUCUGUAUUUAUCGAGCACGAUAGUUUACGGAAAAGUGACAGCUGGCUUUUGGAAAGUGUACAAGUUCUACAUCCUUUGACAAAAAAGCGUUACAUGUUUAUCUGUAACCAUUGGUUUUCGUUAUACAAAGAAGAUGGAUUAAUUGCACGUGAACUAUUUGGAAUCAGGAGUGCUAAAACAAGUAAACUGUGAUAUAAACCAUUAACUAACCUUACACUCGACAAUAAUUUUAAAAUUUUUAGAAUACUCCAUAGUUACUGUAACAGGUGAUCAAGAAGGAGCCGGGACAAACAGCAAAGUGUAUAUAACAAUUUAUGGAAGAACUGGUAUCACGCCAAGAAUUGAAUUAAGCCAAGAAAAUAAAAGUUCUGGAAAGGAUAUACUGUGUGCACCUUUUGGACGUGGUACAAGUUCAAAAUUUAUUGUUAAAGCGCCUAACGUCGGUGCAAUAACCAAUAUUCGUAUCAAGCAAGAUGGAUUAGGAAAUGAACCAGACUGGUUUUUGGAACGUGUUGUAGUCACAGAUUUGUC